AUGACUCGAGGGUUGAUGGGGUCCCAUGGCCCUCAAGGGAAGCGCCCUCACUGGUUCAAGAUCUGGAGUAUGUCCAGUCUGUUGUCUAGUGCCAUACGCCGGCCCCCUCAUUGGAGGUCCCAUCCUCCCCUGGGCUGCCGGAGCCACCUGGGCCACCUGGGCCUCUUGGGCCACUGGGGCCACUCUAGGAUUGUAAGGUUGCGUGAUACUUCUGUAAUGGUCAGGUUUGUGACCAACACGACUAAAGAGUUCAAGCAAGACUUGUUGGAAAGCUUGAGAAAAUUAGGGUUUGAUAUCUCUGAAGAUGAGAUAGUCACAUCUCUGACUUCAGCCAGAGGUUUAGGAGAACAGAAACACGUCAGACCUGUGCUGCUAGUUGAUGAUUGGGCACUACCUGAUUUCAAAGGAAUACAAACCAGUGAUCCUAACGCUGUGGUCAUAGGAUUGGCUCCAGAACACUUUCAUUAUCAAAUUGUGAAGCAAGCAUUCCGGUUGCUCCUGGAUGGGGCACCUCUGAUAGCAAUCCACGAAGCUGAGUAUUACAAGAAAGACGGCUUAGCCCUGGGGCCUGGACCACUUGUCACUAUGUUAGAGUAUGCCACAGACACCAAAGCCACAGUGGAGGGAAAGCCAGAGAGAACAUUCUUUCUGGAAGGAUUGCGGGGAACUGGCUGUGAACCUGAGGAGACUGUCAUGGUAGGAGAUGAUUGCAGGGCCAAUGUUGGUGGAGCUCUGAAUGUUGGCAUGCCGGGUAUCUUAGAAAAAACUGGGAAAUACCGAGCAGCAGGUAAAGAAAAAAUUAAUCCAUCUCCUUACUUAACUGGUGAGAGCUUUCCUCAUGCUGUGGACCACAUUCUGCAGCAUCUGCUGUCACCCACCAUGUGCAUCUGA